AUGCCCACCACACGACCGACGCAGAGGCCGGGAGGCGAGCAGGCGGUCGCUUCGUCGUCCCGGAAUCCGCCGCUGCAGAGGCUGCGCUCGGGCGAUGCGGUGAGCACGCUCCAGUCCUCGGCGGUGGCAGCCAUGGGCUCGAUCCGCACCCUGGCGUCUGUCUCGUCGUCCGGCACCUCGCUGCAUCCCAUCGCGCCCAAACGCGCUAUUAAGGUGGUCCUUAUCGGCGACGGAGGCUGCGGCAAGACAUCCAUGCGCAACCGCUUUCUCACCAACUCGUUCUUUCCGUCGUACCGUGCAACGAUCGGCGCCGACUUUAUCACAAAGACCCUACCGAUCGACGCAGCGAAUCCGGACGGCGAAAAGGCGACGCUUCAGAUCUGGGACACUGCAGGUCAGGAGCGAUUCCAAAGCCUUGGUUCCGCCUUCUACAGGGGCGCAGAUGCGGUCAUCAUCGCGGUGGAUGCAACCAAGGAUCCGUACGAGACCAUGCAGCGCGUCAAGGCGUGGUACGAGGCGUUCAUGGAUAAGGCACCUGGGCCUGCGGGCGAGGCGGAGCGCAAGAGGUUCUGCUGGAUCUGUGCUGCCAAUAAGGUCGAUCUCGUCGAUGGCCAAGCAACGCGCCAGCUGGAUAGAGACGUGGUGAGGCGCACGCUCAAUGCGCUGGUGCCGGCUCCGGAAGAGCAGCCGGAUUGGGGCAUCGAUGCAGGCCAGCCUGGAACACGGCCGUCGGGAGCAGAGGAACCAGCCAACCCGGCCGAAGUGCUGUCGAGACCCGACCCAAAUACGGCCCAAGCACCAGAGACGCCCACGAAGCAAGUCUCCGGUGCAUCUCUGGCUAGGGACCCAGGUGGCGUAACACCAAUCUCUAUGCAAAGUUUCGGCACCGUCGAUGGGCACGCUUCGCCUACUGCCAAGAUGGGGCAACGGAGUUCAGACUACCGGCCGUCGCGCAAGUCGCUCUCGUCGGUCGCGGCGGCGGCGGCACGUGCAGCGCAGCAGGCGGACAGCAGCGAUGCCGACGAGCCCCCGCACAUGCAGAACGGCGGUACGCUCAACACGGUCUAUGCGACGCCGUUCGGGACCGUAUCGAACGUCGGCCAGCUCAGCACGUCACCGUCUGCCAAGACGGACACAGCGUCGCGGGCGGAUGGGACGGAUGGAGGCAGUGGGUUUCUGUCGAGCUGGAUGCGGUCGCGGUCCAAGGCAUCUCAGCCGCGCGCGACGAGGGGGCAUACGAAGCGCCAGUCGAUUCGGAGCAUCGAGGUGUUUCAACCGAGCGAUUCGGACGACGACCGCGACGCACGCAAGUUUGCCUUUCCCAAGGGAGCGGCCCAGACGCCACCGCGCAGCGUCCGCAGCAGCAGCAAGGGCGAGAGGCAGAGGGUGGAUUCCACCAUGAGCCUGGGCGCCCCCAGCGUGUAUCACACGCCGCGCAGCAGCACGUUUUUCAGCGUGAGCCCUACGCCUCGCACCACGCUGGGGCUGCCCAGCAUGCGCACCGACACGACCAGCAGCACCCGCCAAAGCGUCGAUAGCAAGACGCCGACGCACGAUGGCAAGGAUGCGAAGCUCAAGCACAGAGUCUCCAUGGCUUCGUCGUCCACUGCGUCGGUAGCGACGGUCAAGGCGGAUGCAGGCAGAGGGACGAAUCCAACCCUGCGCACGCCCAAGAGCAUCAAUGAUCUCUUCCAGCCACACGACUCUGCCACACCGCAGAUCGAAGAGCACGAGGAGCAAGAAGUUGAAGAGGGCAUGGGGACGCCUCGGGCACGCACGCCUUCGACGCUCUCUCUACCCAUAGAGCCAGUGGAGACCGUGGCAGUGCCGAGCGAGGUGGAACAGGGCUUUACGCUAUUCUACACGUCGGCGCGGACGGGCCACAACAUUGAGCGCAUGUUCCAGCACAUUGCCACGCGCGUAGAUGCCGCGCACGCCUACGAGCAAUCGCUCCAAACCUCGCAACACGAAGCCGCCGGAGACGAAGAACGCGAUCGCCGACAGAGCGAACUCAUCCGCCGAACCAUCCGCAUCGCAAGCGGCAAACCCCCCGACAAAUCCUGGUACUCGACAUGCUGCUAA